AUGGCAAUCAACUACGUUCUUCUCGUUUCUAGACAAGGCAAAGUGCGACUUGCAAAAUGGUUCACUACAAUGGCACCCAAGCUCAAAGCCAAAAUUGUAAAAGAUGUAACCCAACUCGUCUUAGCUCGUCGGACGAGAAUGUGUAACUUCUUAGAAUAUAAAGAUUCCAAGGUAGUUUAUAGACGAUAUGCAUCUCUUUUCUUUGUGACGGGAAUCGGGCAGGCAGAUAAUGAACUCAUCACCCUUGAAAUCAUUCAUCGCUACGUCGAAGUCCUUGACCGUUACUUUGGAAAUUUAGAUUUGAUCUUCAAUUUUCAAAGGGCAUAUGCUAUCCUUGACGAAUUGAUCAUUGCGGGAGAACUCCAGGAAUCCUCCAAGAAGUCUGUUCUACGGGCGAUUGGACAGAGUGACUCUAUCGAAGAAGCGGAAGCUAGUGAGGAAGGAAGCUUGGCUCGGAUUGCAUCUGGCACCUUUAUCAGUCCAUGGACACACUGGGCGGCAUUUACCCAUCAGCCACCCGUGCUCAAAGAUUUUGUGAGCGUUCAAUGUAGUAUCCCAAGAGUGAUCGAAGUUCAACCCUGA